AUGGCUUCAGGCUACGACCGAGCUCUGUCGGUCUUCAGUCCCGAUGGUCACGUGUUUCAGGUCGAAUAUGCCGGCGAGGCCGUCAAGCGAGGAACAUGCGCUGUUGGCGUCAAGGGCAAGGAUGUCGUUGUCCUCGGAUGCGAGAAGCGAUCUGCGAUGAAGCUUCAGGAUACCCGAAUCACCCCCUCCAAGAUCCAGGUCUUGGACAACCACGUUGCCCUGGCCUUUGCUGGUCUCAACGCGGACGCCCGCAUUCUUGUCGACAAGGCACGGCUAGAGUCCCAAUCCCACCGGUUGUCCGUCGAAGACCCCGUGACGGUUGACUACAUCACCAAGUACGUGGCUGGCGUCCAGCAGCGGUACACCCAGGCUGGUGGUGUCCGACCGUUCGGCAUCAGCACCUUGGUUGUCGGCUUCGACCCCAACAGCAAGGUGCCUCGGCUCUACCAGACGGAGCCUUCUGGCAUCUACUCUGCAUGGAAAGCGAACGCCAUCGGGCGAUCGAGCAAGACGGUCCGCGAGUUCCUGGAACGCAACUACAAGGAAGAGAUGGACCGAGAAGCCACAAUCCGGCUGGCCAUCAAGUCCCUCCUUGAAGUUGUCCAGACCGGCGCCAAGAAUAUCGAGAUCGCUCUGAUGGCCCCGGGCGCGGCCAUGGAGAUACUGCCGACCGAAGAGAUCGAGGGAUACGUCAAAGAGAUUGAGCAGGAGAAGCAGGAGGAGGCGGCAAAGAAGAAGACUGGAAGGACACCGGGAACGGGAAGUGCUACCAUCCUGACGAGGAGCCAGGAUGAGCCCGCAGAGUGA